AUGGUAACACAAGCCUUUGUACCUCGUGCUUUUCUGGCAAUAACGCCCGAAAUACCAGCUAGCCAGAGCAAUUCGAAUCCCGUCCACCUGGCUUUUAUCAACGCUGGGAAUAUGGUGACGUCUCUUAAUUUUCUCUCACCGAAUGAAGAUUUUUCAAAAGAAGUUUCACCAAAAACUUCAGAAGUGAAAGAUCCGAAGCGAGUAAGUUCAGUGGAUGCCGGUUACGAUUUUCUGUCAGCUGGAGGGACUUUUGAGAGACCAAAGUCAGAAAUUGCAGCAGACGAUGAAGAGUUUUCAGAAUCGAAUCAAAGCGGGGCUGAAAUAUCCUUACGGAAUAGCGAUGCGUUUCGCAAUGACGGGACGGUUAAUAAUAACGUGACUCAAUCGAGAAAUGAGACGAAUAAAUCAAUUGGGAUUUCUUCGUCGCCGCAGAAACAUCAGUAUGCAACCGUUGGAAAAUCGAGUCAAAAUCAGAUCGAAUUAGAAGAGAAACAGAGGUCUUCCAGUAAUGCAGCGCUAAGUUUGAGUCAAAUCGGCAGCCCAAGAGAUGGAUCGAGUUUACAAAACUCAUCCUCAAUGAGACAAGAAAACCAAAAACUUCAGGCUAAGCUAGGUGAUGUCAUUAAACAGAUCAACGAACUGCAAAAGGAGAAGGAAAACUAUGUCAUUUCGCUGAACGAGCGUGAAUAUACCAUCCGAACGUUGAACAAAACGGUUGAAAGCCUAACUCAAGAAAGCAACCAACUGCGCGAAUCGCUUUCCGGGAUGCGAAAAAAAACUUUAUCCGAAAGUGAAAUAAAAGAUACAAAAACUCGCGAAGUUGCUCAACUGCAGGCCACGAUUUUGAAGUUGAAUGAUCAACUUAAGAUGUACCAAGAACAGCACGGAGUUUUGACGGAUAAAGACCACAAAAAUCUGGAGUCUUUUGUGGAAACUAAGCCUGAGUGGUUGACCAAUACAGAGCUCUUAUCGCCUCUCAUGCAAGCGUAUGAAGACGAAAUUAGGCAGAAGGACGCAAUUUUGAAGGAGAACGAGGAAAAGUUUCAAGAACUGCAGAAAAUGGUCAAUGAAAUUGUCGCCGAGAAUAGAGAGUUGCAUUUAUCUAGAGAGGGUGCAGCGCAUGAUAAAGAGUGGCAAAAUGUUCAAGAACAAGCAAAGUUGGUUUUGGAGGAAAACCAAAUUCUGAUCGAACAACUAAAUGUGCAAAGCAAAAGGUCAAGUGAGUUGAACCACGUCCAUAAAGGGGAAAUUAGUCGGCUUUCACGAAGUUUGGUCGCUGCUGAAGCUGACCGGAACUUUUACUCCUCCGAGCUGAAACAGGUUAACGAAAAGCAUGAACAGUUUGUGAAAAGGUUCGAAGCUAUGGGCGCCAAUAAAAUAGUCACAUUGGAAGAGCAUGGUAAUAUUGUGCGAGAUUUGAACGCUAAAAUAGCUAACCUAGAGCAAGUGCACGAAGAAGAAAUUGAAAAUUUAUUAGAUAAAUUAGAAAUUUCAGAACGGGAAUUUGCUAACUUACUGAAUGAAAAAUCAGUAAGUAAAGCAGAAAUUGAAAGUCUACAGCACAAAGUUGAAUCCGUUCUUAAAGCUCAGACUAAAUGGCAAAAGAAAGCGGCACUUCUGGAAAAGAAAUUGAACCUUGCUCAGGAAAAUGAAGAACUUUUGGGACAGAAGUUAGAACUAGCUUUGAGUGCAGCUGAAAAAGCGACAGAGGAACGAGACUUUUACGUUGAAGAGUUUCAAACUCACAUCGAUGAGAAAAACCAAACGAUAAAUGAGCUCAAAGAUGAAAACAUGACUCAAAAAGGUGUGGACGAAAAUAUGAAGGCGUAUAAAAUGGUGAUGAAGGAAAAGUUGAAACGAUUGGCUCAAGAUCACUUGGCGACAAAAAAGGAGUUUGAACUAAAAGAGGAAAAUUAUCGAGUUGAAAUUGAAAGUUUGAGGAAAAAUUUGAAUAAAGAGAUUGCACGCAGCGAUCAUUUAAUUAGCUCAUCGAAGUUGUCGAAGAGUCCGUUUUGA